AUGUCAAUUAUUCAGAUACAAGUUUAACUCUAAUUUGAUACUAUAUUUUAAUUACAAUUACUAAUCAUAUAAUGUAAUAGCCUAAGAAAUCUCAACCUUAGCUGUUCUAAAUAGAACAAGAUCUCUAGGAAAAUAAUAGCAAUAGAAGCCAUAAUAGUAACAGUAACCUUAACAAAUUUAACAAUAAACCAAAUAGGGAUUUACUUAGUUGCCAAGUUAAAAGUUGACUAAUGUUAAAACAGUUGCUCCUCUCUCAGAUAAAUCGAAAUAAAAAACGUAGACAUAAUAUACUAAUCAAGAAAUUCAUUUGCUUAUGUUUAUAAUGCAGGUGGAAUACUUUGCAGAGUUAAUCAUGGUUGUAACACAAUUAAAAUAUAAUUGAAUCAAGGUGUUGAGAUAAGUCAUUUGCCAUAUAAUCCUUGA